AUGCCUGGGUUACCAGCUAGUAUCGACCUGGACGAGUGUAUCGAGAGGCUCUAUAGGAAAGAGCUGCUGGCGGACUCGGUGAUCGAGGCAAUAUGUGCCAAAGCGAAGGAACUGUUAAUGAAAGAGAGCAAUGUGGUCCACAUUGCGGCACCGGUCACGGUGGUUGGAGAUAUUCACGGGCAGUUCUUCGAUAUGAUCGAGAUCUUUAAGAUUGGCGGGUUCUGUCCGAACACGAAUUAUUUGUUUCUGGGCGAUUAUGUCGAUCGCGGACUCUUCAGCGUCGAAACAAUCUCCCUCCUCGUCUGCCUCAAGCUCCGAUACCCGCACCGCGUGCACCUGAUCCGCGGUAACCACGAGUCCCGCGGCGUCACGCAAUCCUACGGCUUCUACACGGAAUGUGCCCGGAAAUACGGCAACGCCAACGUCUGGCACUACUUCACCGACAUGUUCGACUUCCUAACCCUCAGCGUGGUCAUCAACGACCAGAUCUUCUGCGUCCACGGCGGCCUCUCCCCCUCGAUCCACUCCAUCGACCAGAUCAAAAUCAUCGACCGCUUCCGCGAAAUCCCCCACGAAGGCCCCAUGGCCGAUCUCGUCUGGUCCGACCCGGACACCGAACGCGACGAGUUCUCCCUCUCGCCCCGCGGCGCCGGGUAUACCUUCGGCGCGCAGGUCGUGCGCAAGUUCCUCGAGGUCAACAGCAUGUCGCAUAUCUUGCGCGCCCACCAGCUCUGCCAGGAGGGGUACCAGGUCCUGUACGAUGAUCGGCUGAGUACCGUCUGGAGUGCCCCCAACUACUGCUACCGCUGCGGUAACCUCGCCAGUGUCCUGGAAGUGAGUGAUACCGGCGAGCGGUUCUUUAACAUCUUCGACGCGGCGCCCGAGAACGAUAUCCAUCGGGGAGAGCAACAGGCGCAGCAGAACAAGGACGGUCAGAGCCCGGUGAUCGAUUACUUUUUGUGA